CGUGGCCCCCUUGAAUUCUUUCUCCAUCCAUCGCCCCUUCGUGAGUCCAGGCGUUCCGUAGCCCCAGAUCGAGCCAGAGACCCGUCUCACAUCUCCUCUCCUCUCUUCUCCCCUCCCCUGUGAUCUGACGCCGGCGAGAGAGCCGACGACCUCUACCCGGCCGUCCGCCAUGGCGCACGGCGACCGCAUGACGACCUUCGAGGAGAGCGAGAGGGAGAGCGAGUACGGCUACGUCCGCAAGGUCUCUGGACCUGUGGUCGUGGCUGAUGGCAUGGGUGGUGCUGCCAUGUACGAACUUGUUCGUGUUGGUCAUGAUAGCCUCAUUGGGGAAAUUAUUCGUCUUGAGGGCGAUUCAGCUACAAUUCAAGUUUACGAGGAAACAGCUGGGCUAAUGGUUAAUGAUCCAGUGUUGAGAACAAAAAAGCCUCUUUCAGUUGAAUUGGGACCUGGUAUCCUUGGAAAUAUUUUUGAUGGAAUCCAGCGUCCUCUAAAAACUAUUGCUAUUAAAUCUGGAGAUGUCUAUAUUCCACGUGGUGUUUCAGUCCCUGCCCUUGACAAAGAUCAACUGUGGGAGUUUCAGCCAAAUAAGCUAGGUGUUGGAGAUGCUAUCACCAACGGAGAUCUAUAUGCUACCGUAUUUGAGAAUACACUGAUGAAGCACCAUGUUGCGCUUCCACCUGGUUCUAUGGGAAAAAUUAGUUACAUUGCCCCUGCUGGCCAGUACAGUUUGCAGGAUACAGUGCUGGAAUUGGAGUUUCAGGGCAUCAAAAAAGAGUUCACCAUGCUCCAUACAUGGCCUGUCCGGACACCAAGGCCUGUUUCAUCAAAACUUGCUGCUGAUACACCUCUUCUAACAGGACAGCGUGUGCUUGACGCACUGUUCCCCUCGGUGCUUGGAGGAACAUGUGCUAUUCCAGGAGCAUUUGGUUGUGGAAAAACUGUCAUUAGUCAGGCUCUCUCGAAGUACUCCAAUUCUGACACUGUGGUUUAUGUGGGCUGUGGUGAGAGAGGAAAUGAGAUGGCUGAGGUCCUUAUGGACUUCCCGCAGUUGACAAUGACAUUGCCUGAUGGACGUGAAGAGUCAGUCAUGAAAAGAACAACACUCGUGGCUAACACGUCCAACAUGCCUGUCGCUGCUCGUGAAGCCUCCAUUUAUACAGGAAUUACAAUCGCUGAGUACUUCCGUGACAUGGGCUAUAAUGUUAGUAUGAUGGCUGACUCCACGUCCCGAUGGGCCGAAGCACUGCGUGAGAUUUCAGGACGUUUGGCUGAAAUGCCUGCCGAUAGUGGUUACCCCGCAUAUUUGGCUUCACGGUUGGCAUCCUUUUAUGAACGUGCUGGUAAGGUGCAAUGUCUUGGCAGUCCAGACCGGACAGGCAGUGUUACAAUUGUUGGUGCCGUCUCCCCUCCUGGUGGAGAUUUUUCAGAUCCUGUUACCUCUGCAACCCUUAGUAUUGUUCAGGUCUUCUGGGGAUUGGAUAAGAAGCUGGCACAAAGGAAGCAUUUCCCAUCUGUUAAUUGGCUCAUUUCUUACUCAAAAUAUUCCACGGCUUUGGAAUCCUUUUAUGAAAAGUUCGAUCCUGACUUCAUUGAUAUGAGAACAAAAGCUCGUGAAGUGUUGCAGAGAGAGGAUGAUCUAAAUGAAAUUGUCCAGCUUGUUGGUAAAGAUGCAUUGGGAGAAUCUGACAAGAUUACCCUGGAGACAGCCAAGCUCCUGAGGGAAGAUUAUUUGGCACAAAAUGCAUUUACACCAUAUGACAAGUAUUGUCCAUUCUACAAAUCUGUUUGGAUGAUGCGCAACAUUAUUCAUUUCAACACAUUAGCGAAUCAGGCUGUGGAGCGAGCAGCUAAUGCUGAUGGACAUAAGAUAACCUACAGUGUUGUAAAGAGUCGUAUGGGUGAUCUAUUUUAUCGCCUUGUAUCGCAAAAGUUUGAAGACCCUGCAGAAGGCGAAGACGUUUUAGUUGCGAAAUUCCAGAAAUUGUACGACGACCUCACCACUGGAUUCCGCAACCUAGAAGACGAAGCUAGGUAAAAUAUUGUGUAUGCCAUGUAAACAAUAAGGAGUACCAAAUGCUGUGAACGACUUGCAAGCAGUUUGCUUUUGUUUCGCCCAGAGGUUGUAGAUGCGAAUUACGUUUCAGGUUCCUUUUCUUUUUGCGACUACACUGUUUUUGAUGAUCACCUUGUUUGGUCUCCAGUGCUUUACGCACGCAUUAUUUUUUCCAUGUACCAUGAUUUGUUGUAAGAUCCUGGUGGUGGUGGACAUGUUGAUAGUUGAAUAAGCACGAUGUCCAUCUACUUGAACAUCAAUAAUGUCAAUAUUUAUUUGCCGUUA